AUGGCAGACGCCGCACAGAUCGUUCUCAACGAUACCUUGGGUGCAGCUUUUAUCGGAGUUGUGGUCUCUGGAUGUUUCUUGCAUUCAAGCCUGGUACUACUUCACACACCAAAGCGACCGAUGGCCCCUCAAGACUCUGUUUACGCAUAUACCAUCACGAAUUGGGGCAAUCAGAGUUUCCUUGGCGAAAUCCCUCGAACGCUGGUGGUUCAAGUUCUGUUUAGCGGAUUGACAGCGUUCAUGGUUCAAUGUUUCCUGGCAUCGCGCAUUUGGCGACUAAGCGAUCGAAAAGGAUGGCUCAUCGCUAUCAUCGUAUGUCCUGAUUUUGAAGUAUCCCACGUGGUACCUUGGCUCACAGCAUCCCAGGUUUUACUCAUUGUGGGGGAGUUCGGUUUGUCAUUAUUAGUUCCUCCUCUUGAAGCUAUUUCAACCCGCUUCCGCUGCAGGAGCCAUUUUAGUCCACGCAACAUAUCAAAAAUCAGCGUGUGUGAUCACUCUGAAGGCGCUACGCGUUCGAAAUGUCAUUCAGAAAGAAGAAUGAAGGAUAUGGGGGAUAUUGUGAAGUUCUUGACGCUUUUUAAGACUUUGUGGCAUUUGUCCCUCGUCAUUGGCGAACUUUGUGCCCGUAACAUCGAACAACCAGCGACGCUUUUCGCCCUUCGUGCAGCCUUUCUCGGAGCCGGUAUUCGACUUGCGAUAGAUCCCGAGAUAGUCAGGAAGACCUGGGAUGGAGUGCCCCACGAUGAGCAGGGGCUGCCAGAUAACUGGAUCUCUGAGUCCUGGGUUUUAGUGGGUAUGAGAGGGCGCAACUGA